AUGGCCGCCGCGGGGUUGGGGGGGAGGGUUACGUGGCCGUAGGAGAAAGCGGAGUGCCCCCAAUCUGGUGUGGGAUUUCAAAUCGCGGCUCCUUUGUCUCCGUGUAGUUGUUUGCGAGUCGCCUUUCUCCUCGAUGUCGCCACAUCGUCGACGGCGGUGCUAAGAGGCGGCAACGAGCAAGAGGGGCGACACUGAAGGGCGCCUCGAGCGAGAGAGCAAGAGAGACAGGGGGGCGAGAGCUCAAGGAGACACGAUGGCGAGCACACUGGGCUGUUGAUGGCUGCCACGAUGGAGCUCUAGGCGUGGUGGUGGUGGCGGCGGUGGUGGGGGCCUGGGGCCGGCGGAGGUCGGCAGGUUGGAGGCCGGCGAGAAUGCGGCGCCGCAGCCUGCAGGGACGCAUCGAAAGUCUGGGGGGCGGCGGAGCGACGCGGGGGGCGGGGGGCCGCGUGCUCCGCUCGGCCUCUCCCGAAGAGCGCACGUCCCUGGCGGCUGGCGAGGGGGGUGCCUCCGUGCCGGGGGGUCUCGUGCUGCCUGUGUUCGUCUUCCCCACGGAGCUCAGCUUCUUUGCGGAUGACCAGCGCUCACACAAGCAGCUCCUCACCAUCUACAACCCCUACGAGUUCCCCCUGCACUUCAAGGUCCUAUGCACGGCCCCCACACGCUACACCGUGGUGGACGCAGAGGGGACGGUGAAGGAGCAGUGCUGCGUGGACAUCACCAUCCGGCACCACGCGGCCAGCCUCGCCGAGCACGUGGGGGAGACGGACAAGUUCCGCCUGGUGGUGUACGGCACCAGUGGCGGCGCCGAGGGGCGGAGGGAGAUCGUCGCGACGCUGCACGCGACUGCCACGCAGGCGGCGCGCGGCGUGGACGACGGAGCCAUGUCGCUGCCCGCGCGCCUCGAGAGGGGAGGAGCUUCAGCGCAGAGAGACGCGGGGCGACAGAAGGCCGGAGAGAGGGCGGCAGCUGCAGUGCGGGAAGCCGACUCCAUAUUUGAGCGCGCUCACUACACACGCGCAGGUGUGCGCGCGGGUAGCGGCGCCAGCUACCUGGUGAUCCUGACGGGAGUGGUGUGCGUGGUGGCGCUGAUGCUACCCACGCUGGGUGACACGGGCUCCCUGCUGCCCCACUACCUGCAUCUCACCGCCCACCAGAAGCUGGUCGCUGCCUAUGUGCUGGGGCUCGUGACGAUGCUCAUUCUGCAGGCCUAAAUCGGCGCCGCCAACGACCUCGGCCGUGCACGACCCUGGACUGCUCGUCUCAACCACAUUUCAACUUCGCUGCAAAUGGAGGCGGAGCGCACCCACGCACGCGCGCACACGCACCCACGCACGCCAGCGCGUACGCAGCCCUCCGAUCAACCUUCCCGAGCACCCAUCGCCAAGCUCACAGGUUGACUCGUGGGGCUCGGCGAGCCGAGCCGGUGGCCUUAGCGCAGCGUGCGUUCGUCGCUUAGCAGAUAACAAAAAAACACACAAUCGUACCGACCACCAGUGCCGCACGUGCGUUGCUCGGGGGACCGAGCGCCGGUGAAGUCCGCCGUUCGCUUUCGCCGUCCCGUGGCGCGGUGUUUACGUGGAGCGAGGACGCCAAGUUUCUCCCUCGUGGUCAAGCACUUGGGCCGCUUUCACUGAACUCCUUCGCGAGCACUCAAGUUCACGUUUCUCCCCGCCUGCUGCUGACCCCCCACCAAGCUCUGUGGGACGCAGCAGCAGCGUCGUCGUCGACACGAAGCACAAGCGCUGCAUAUCGCACUGGCGCUGCUGUUGUUUGUGUGUGUGAUGUGUAAACGCUAACAGACCACAGCCGUCCACAUGCACAUCACUUUUACCAGGGCUCUUUUCGCGAAAGUAAAUCCUUAAGGGCAUUGCCGCGUCAAGUCAUUGAAGGGAAACAAUAUAAAUAUGUAUAUAAUUAUCACGUAACCAUCUUCCUAUUUAAAAAGUUGAUGCAAGGCUCCUCAAUGCAUGCUUUUUAGGAUACCAUAUGCCUUCGGGGCAAUAACUCUGGGCCAAAUCGAAUAAAAGGCAUUAACCAGGAUGUACAACAACAGCAAAAACUACAAUUUUGAUUCAGCUAGCAUUUCCAUGUAACCACCAUGCUACAAACACAGUGCAUAAACGGUGUAAAAAAAAUAUUUCAUGGACGGAAAAAAAAGUGCAUAAUACCUUGUAUACAUAUCUGCCAACGUUAAGUUAAAAACACAAAUCUAAACCUCUCUUGUCCCGACACCCACGGAAGCUGCAUUAGAGGGCUUUCGGCGCGUCCUGCGGCAGUGAGGGUCUGCACUCGGGGGGGACCUGUCUCGAGCCGUGGCUCCAGAAACGCCAUCGCGGCGACGAGGAGGAGGAAGAGGCCUCGCGAGUCCUCCGUGUUGCUCAACGGUUGUCCGGAGAACGGGGCGAGCAGUCCGCCCCAUCCCGCGUGAGUCCUCCCCCCGCAUGCGCCAUGUGCAGGGAGCAAAACGACCGCAGCCCGUGCGCUGCCGCCUGCCACUGGGGCGUGGAUUUUCUUUUCUUUCUUUUUUAAACGGAGACCUCCGACGCCCGACGUGCCACAGUUGGUUUACCCUGCCACUCUGCCGCCGACGCCGCGAGAAUGCACGGGAGAAAAAAAAUGUACAAACUUUCCUUCAAAGUGUGAAGUUGUCACAGACUACGCAUCUCCCUGAGUGACAGAACAUGCUGUGUGUGCUAUAAUAAUGUACAGCACCUUUGCCAAGCCACUGCUGGAUGAAGUCCUCCCAAUGCCGUGUGUUUGAUCCUGUCGUGUUUGACCAUACUUUACCACACUGGUCAGUGCGGUUUUGGUGAAUGUGAACGCAGUGUAUUAAAAAUGUUUUUUUUUUUUUUAUCUCUUGCCUUGCACGCCCGCACGGAGUCUGACGCGAGUGUGAUCGUGUGUGGCGUUUUGAAACAAUGCAGUUGACUCUGCAACUCAAUGUCUUGUUAAGUUUACAAUCGCUUGUAUUUGUGUAUUUUUGUUGUCGUUGUGAAACUUAGCCUUGAUUUAUCAGUCGUUAUUUUAUCAUAGAGGACCUUGUUUAAAGUUACAUUAGCUGCCUGUGUGUUCAAAACUACAAUACGCAAUACCGACAUGCAGGUCUCGAAGUAUUUGAACUGUUCCGUUUACAUUGCCUUUUAUUGUAUUUUUAUUAAGAAUUUCCACCUAAUUUACAUUCACUGUAAAUAUUCAAAUUCUUCGAAGUAGCAGGGCAUUGCAACGUAGGGAUUGCUAUUGACUUGAAAAGUUCCAUAUCAAAUCAUGUAAAUUAUACAAAUUCACACGCAGUAUGAGUAUGUAACAUUACUCUUUGGCCAUGUAAGCAGUUACAACAUUAAAACUGAAUAAGAAAUAUCUGUAACGCCGUACAUUUUAUACGUGAUUGUAUCCUAACCACUGAUACUCUUUAAAGAUGGGCUGCCAAUUUUUUUCACAAAUUGUAACAACUUGCAAUGAAACAUAGAACUCAAAUAAAGACACCCCAUAACACGUG